AUGGACAGGGAAAAAGUGAAGAUUCUUGGCUCUGGAGUAAGCCCAUUUGAAUGGAGAAUUAUUUGGGCAUUGAAAAUGAAAGGCAUUGAGUUUGAAUUCAUAAAAGAAGAUACAUUUAAGAAGAGCUCAUUGCUCUUAGAGAGUAAUCCAGUUCACAAGAUGAUUCCAGUGUUCAUUCAUCGUGAAAAAGCCAUAUCUGACUCCCUUAUCAUUCUUGAGUAUAUUGAUGAGACAUGGAUACAGAACCCGAUUAUGUCGAAAGAUCCUCACGAGAGAGCAUACACACGGUUUUGGGCAAAAUUUUCAGAAGAUCAACUAGUAGAGCCAUCAAGAAUAGCAUUCAGUUAUGGCGGAGGAGCAAGCAAAAGCCGUUAA